UCGCCCUAAGGCACUGGCCGCCGCGAUGGCCUCCAGCUUUAAGAAGCCCUCGCUAGGAGCCGCGUCCCAGAGGAAGAAAGCGAGUCCCAAGCUGGAGCUCACUGAGGAGCAGAAGCAGGAGAUCCGGGAGGCUUUCGACCUGUUUGACACAGACGGCACCGGGAACAUAGAUGUUAAGGAGUUAAAGGUGGCCAUGAGAGCACUAGGGUUUGAACCUAAAAAAGAAGAGAUCAAGAAAAUGAUGUCAGAUAUUGAUAAGGAAGGAACGGGAAAAAUCAGCUUCAAUGACUUCUUGGUAGUGAUGACACAGAAAAUGGCUGAAAAAGAUUCCAAAGAGGAGAUUCUCAAAGCUUUCAAACUCUUUGAUGAUGAUGAAACUGGCAAAAUCUCUUUCAAAAACCUCAAACGUGUCGCCAAAGAACUGGGGGAAAAUCUCACAGAUGAAGAGCUGCAGGAAAUGAUUGAUGAAGCAGAUAGAGAUGGGGAUGGGGAAGUGAAUGAGCAAGAAUUCUUGCGGAUCAUGAAGAAGACCAGCCUUUACUGAAACAGAAUUUUUAUUUAUUUUUGCACGUGUAUAUAUGUUUGGUAGGUGCCUUGCUGUUUUACAGGUUUUUUUAUUUCUUUUGAGACAGCAGAAAAAUAUACGUCAAUAUUUUUUAAGUGGAUGAUCUCAAACUUGUGUUUGUGAGCGGUUACCAACUGCUAACCUGUUGACAUGCAGCACCGUGGUUGCUUGUUCGUGCUCGUAAGAUGUUUACACCCUUUGUUUUCAAUGCACAAAUCACAUUUUUCAAUGGCAGCAUUCAGAUCCUUCUCUGACUAAAAACCAUGUGUCAAAUGAUGACGGUUUGGUAAAGAGAGGACUCAAAACCAGAUAGUGUAAAUCUCUAUUUCACAGCAGUUGAACAUUUUGGUUUAAUGGCUUGGUUUGGGCCCAGCUGUAGUGAACUCUUUAUAUGAUGUAUUUGCAGGGAUCAGCUUUUUAUACUCUGUCUUAUGGUGGUUAUUUCCUCCCCUUUUUUAGUAUGUUCUUUAAACUGAAAAAAAAAAAGUAAAGAAUAGACUGACUGCUGCAACUUAACUUACUGCUCUUGAGUUCCCACGUUUAAAUAAAUCUUUUUGCAAAA